GUGGUCGAUCGUCGUCGACUACCAUCUCCGUCGAGUCCGCUCACAAAGCUCGCAGAAAGCCUCAUCGCGGAGGGUGACUAAGGGAAGGGCGACGGAGGGAUUGGUGACCGCGCGUACGCAGGGGGAGCGACCUCGCGUCGGGUACGAUGCCGCGGCCAGUCUCGCCUCAAACGACCACACGGCGAUGACCAGCGCGUGUCUCGAUCGUCUUGCACCCUUGUCGACGCGUUGCGCCUUCGAUCGUCAGCGAAACACGGAAUCGACCGAUCACGUCGAUCAUCCCGAGCGCGUCGAUCGCGGCGACGAGCUUUCUUUCACUGCUCGAAAGGAUCUCACGACGCGGUCAGCCGGGACGGAAAAGGGACAAGAAAAAACCGCCCCCAAAACGUUGCUGCUCUCGCCUGAUACAGCGUCUUGCAACGUAUGGGGCGACGUCGGGGCGCGAAAGUAUCGGGCACCGCGAAUCGGCGAGAUUCCGAGGGAUGUUGCGAUCGAUCGAUCCCCGACGGCUUCACCUACGAGCCGGGCGAAGCGCUUGAUUUCUGACACCGGGCAAUCGCCGACGGACGCACCGGGUCCGUCGAUUACGGAGUACAGCCAGGAAGUGCGCAAGGACAGCGCGCUAUAUCUCGAGGAGGAAGCGGAGACGCUGACGUCCCGGAAGCCGACGACUGACGCGGAUGUACCGCGCAGACAGAGCAGCGGCUACGUGAGCACUCGCGGUAGCUUCGACGAUAACCGGAGGAACUCGGCGACGAGCGGUGAUACACAACAGGAUCCGUCCCCGUAUCUGAAGGAGAGACGCAGGUCUUCGAAGUUGAGCUCAAAGGUACUCGCCGGUAGAGUAGAGGAGAGCAUCGACGAGACAGCGCCAAACACAUCCGAGGAGAUAAUGCCGACGACCGGGGUGCACAGGAAGAUGUCGAGCUCUGGACUCGACAUGCCCAACAUCGAGGAGAUGAAGGGCACAGACGAGAUCCAGCAUCCUCAGAUCUCCCGGAAAGAAGACCAACCGCCCGCAGCGAAUAUCAGUAAAUUGCAGCUUCUCAAAACUUCUGCGAAGUUUAUGCCUGUGAAGGAUUCAUGCUCCGUGGACGUCGAAGUUGUGCAACCACGGAAAAACGUACGGCUGCUGCAAAAGAAGGGGAAGAUCCUUCCAGUUGAUACUUUGAUGAGCACCGAUGUGGACGGGAACGCGAUAGACCAGGUGGUGUCGAUUAAAUCGGAGCUGGAGGUCCAGCAGGAGGAGGAUGAUGAUGUCCAGACGGUGACCGAGGGCAAGGAUCGCAAUGACGGAGCGGUCUCCGAGCUGAACAGCGCUCUGAGCGACUUGAGCGUUAAGGGGUUACAUGAGGGUGACGGCUCGAAAAAGCAGACCGAGGGAUCUGCGGAUAACAGUCAAACAGCAGAUACGAGGAGAAGGGCCGGCGAAACGAUGCCGAGCCAGCAAUUGCCCGGAGACGCCAGUAAUGUCACCGACAGACCGCCGACGAUCGUUUGCCCUCCCUCCUCGAGCUUGCAUCAUAGCAGCCCGCAAGGAUCGCCGAAGAUCCGCAGGGCCUUCAGCAAGGAGAGCGAAAACUUGUUCGGUAACCAGGACGACAACCAGCAUUUGAAUGAGUACGAAGUGCAGGGCGAGAUCGGAAAGGGCUCAUUCGGUGUCGUGAAAAAGGUUUACAACAAAUACAAUCACACGCUUUACGCCAUGAAGAUACUGAACAAGAAGAAAUUGAUGAAGAAAGCGGGGAUAUUCGGGAGGGUGGUGCCGGGCAAAACGAGUGUCGAUCCCUUGGCGAAUGUUCACAGGGAGAUCGCCAUCCUAAAGAAGCUCGAUCACCCUAACGUCGUAAAGCUGAUUGAGGUGCUCGACCAUCCCGACAAGAACAAUUUCUACCUGGUCUUCGAAUUGGUUCACAGAGGCGAAAUCCUUGUUAUACCCACCAACCAACCUUUAAAGGAGGAAACGGCUAGGCGUUACUUCCGCGACGUUGUUAUGGGUGUCGAAUAUUUGCAUUACCAGAAGAUAGUGCAUCGCGACAUAAAACCGAGCAAUCUGCUGGUGGACAGAAACGACAGGAUUAAAAUCGCCGAUCUGGGUGUCAGCACGGAGCUACGAGAGCCCGGCGAAUUAUUGUCGGGACAAAUCGGCACUCCGGCCUUCUCGGCGCCCGAAACAACCGUCACCGGUGCGGAAUUCUCAGGACCGCCGUGCGAUUUGUGGUCGAUGGGGGUAACGCUGUUCGCGCUGCUGGUCGGGGAUGUUCCCUGGCGCAGCUCCGACAGCAAAACCGUCCAAGCGCUCAUCCGUGAUGCACCGCUCGCGUUCCCCGAGGGUUCGGAGGUUUCCGCGAACUUGCGGUCGCUGAUCGGCCGGAUGCUGGAGAAGCCUCCGGAGAAGAGGGCCACGAUCAUCGACGUGAAGCAGCAUCCGUGGCUGACGAGGGAUGGGGCCGAACCACUGCCGAGCCAGACCGACACUUGCCGCGUGCCGAUCACCGUCACCAACGAGGAGGUGACUAAACUCGGCACUCUGGUCCUCGUCAAGAACAUGCUGAGGCAGCAUAGUCUUCAGAACCCAUUCUUGCCUAAACGGUCCACGCGUUCAACGGCGAACAACGAGGCCGCCGUUACGACGUUGACAGGAUCGGUAGGUCAGGGUGGCGUAUCUUCCUCGCACGACGUGAUAAGAGACGAGAAAUCAGAGUGUUUCCAGAAGACCGGCAGAAGCAAUUCCGCGCCGGAUUCCUGUGAUUGGCACACAAGCGGCAGACAAGUAUCGGUGGAGACUCCGCUGCCAUCGGUAAUGGAAGUGUCGAGUCAGGAAUCGGAAGUGGAUAGAAGGUAGUGCCGUUAGUAAGUAGCGCGAGAUGAGGAAGCAUCUUGACCUCAAAAUGGACUAACGUUAAACGGAGGAUAGUUCGGAAGGAAACAUCGAACACGAUCCAAUACGCGGACACGAUGUCGAAAACUGAAAUCGUCAAACGAACCAACGAAAAAUUAAUCUUCCAGACAACGUCGUCACAUCCCGAUUCUGCUCUCGCUACUUACGUUGUUAGAAUCGCCGGAAUAUUGCUCUCGGUUUCGCAGGUAAGAGCACCAUGAUUUACUCUUACGUUGCGUUACAUGAAAAUUCUGAACUGGCACACGCGGAAAAUUAAUGAAAAUUAUAAACGUUAUAUAAAUAAAAAAUAUAACGUGCAUUUGUGUACGAAUAUCUCGUAUUUUAUCAUGGUGCCAAUUGUGGUAAUUUAACCAACUUUUAACUGCGAUAUCAUAUAUGAUACGGACGACUAAACCUGAGCAUAACGACUUAUAAUUAACAUCGUCUAGUUAAGUAGUGAAAUCGAUCUACUCCUAUUGUUGAUUGUAAAAGAAGCAUUUAAUAUAAACGACUUAUCCACUACUUUAUUUGCCUGUUUUUGUUCAAUCUUUCAAUUUCUGUUUUCUAUUAGAUUUCUUUUUGCUGCUUGUUUUAUUAGAUGUUUCAUAAAAGUAAAAAACUUCAUAAAAGCAAUUUUUACAAUCAAAAAUUAACGAGAUAAUGUAUCUGUAUGCGGUUUUCUUAACGAUUGACGAAAAACGAUCAAAUAUUUAUGCACAAUUUUGUCCAUAAGCGUGUAUGUACAUAUACAGUAAGAAAAUGAAUUUUACAAUGUAAAUUUUACGAUGUAUAAUCAGGAAAUUGACGGUACGAGGGUAGUUCUUGUUUCGUGGUAAGUCACGUUAAGAUUUAUAGUGAUAAUUGAUAAAAAUUUUAUUGUGAUAAAUCACGAUAAAAUUUUUGUAUUAAUUAAAAUCACGCGUGUAUAGUUAUGAAAGAUAACAAGUCAAUAAUGCAUUUAACACGGCGAUUCAAAAAACACGUCUCGUCGACGUGUUUUCUUUUUCGAUUCCAUCAAUAUCGUAAGAAAAACGUUUGUAAAUAACUUGAAAAGUUAUUGUUGUUGCACAUGCUGCCAAUCCAGUGUUAGAGAAAACCGUUGUAAAAACAAAGUUUUCUGUGUCAUCGGAGUAUUGUAAAUUGUCAGGCAAAAAAUCCAAUACAAAUGGUUUGCAUUUCAUUCGUUUUUCUUCCGUUUUUGUAAAAUCCUUUUUGUUUUUAUUCAUCAUCAAACUUUAGAAAUAUCUUGAUAAAUAUUACGUCAUACACAUAUGAUAAAUGCACUAACCACUAGCUUUUUUAUGCAUUAUCGAUUAGAAAUUUCAAUAUUAAUAAGAUGACGUAAGAGAAAGUAUUCAAUUAUAAUUAAAAGAAUAAAUAAAAGUUAUAUGAAUGUGAAGAGAACUCUUUCGAAAGUAACAUUUUAGAAUAUAUAAGUAUAAUUGAUUUCUGCAACAGUUUUCUAUAUUUAUAGCCUGGUUAAAUAAUUAUCUUUCGAACUGGAUUGGCAGAGAGAAAAAUUCAAUCAUAAUAGUUACAUGUAAACAUUCGAAGAAUGCGAGAUUUUUUGCAAUUAACUCGUCUCAAUUUACAAGCCGCGUAGGUUGCGUACGUGUACUUACAUAGAUGUAAAGAUGUGUACGUAUAUUAUACGGAAAUCAUUCAUAUAUUUUGUAUGCGCGAUAUUUCUACUUUUAAAAGAAUAGAUUUCUAAACGAAGAAAGAAAUCCACGAUACAACGAUACCCUUCUUAAAUUCGUACCGUUAGAUACGGAUCAACUUGCUUCUUAAGUAUCGAUAUCUGAAACGUAGUACAUUACAUUAUAAUGUACAAAUAAUCAUAUAAUUUAUGCAUAAGAAUGAAAAUAUUAUAUUAUGUGUAAAAUUAUAUCGUAACAUAAUAUUUUAAAUUAUGUAUUUGCAUAAAUUCAUAAUUUAAAUUUCACUAUGAUUGCAAUUUGCAGUUUGCGCUGCGUUCUGGAAUGCAGCUGAAUUUCGUUUGUAAUUAACUUUCAUUUAAUCACGGAUAUCUGAUAAUUAGUUUGACCAUUUCAGCGAGUUUCUGCAGAAACUUUAAUUGUUACGAAAAUUUUUUAACGAUAAAAUAUGUGAUUUAAUCGAAAUUGUUCUUUAGAGAUUUUCUCAAAGAUUCUUGAUGAAGUACGAUUGAGUAGACAUGAUUUCAUUUUGUCGUGUAAAGAUUAUAAUUCACAUUGUAACGUUAACAACGCCAAACACACGACCAAGAAAGAGCAACCAAAGAGAGAGAGUCGCGAUUUUGUCGGACUUAUUAAGACAUGGGGGACCAUAAAACAAACGCGCGCGCGUAUGAAUUUAAGAGAUAACUGUCAGAGCAUCGAGCGUUCUGAAACGUACUCCGUUUCGAGCCUCGCGUGCAUCUCGAUCUUAAUUCUGUACAUAUUAUUGCCACAUGGAGACUGCGAUGGUCUUGUUAGAUGAUAAGGAUAAUUAUUCUCGAAUAAUUAUACUGUCGAGCACUCGCGUUCCAAACGCAAAUCUAUGCGAGAGAAAAGGAAGGAGAAGCGAACCAACGUAUCCUUUAUAUUAUUGCGUAGGCCAAAUAUAACGAGCCUUACGAAAACCGCGGAUUAAUCACUAUGGAAAACAAUUGUGCAUACACUUCCUAAUAUUGUACGCAUUUACACAUUUUAUUACGCACAUACAUACAUACAUAUACAUAUGUAUGUAGGUAUGGAUUAUUAAAUAUAUUUCAUGGCUCACAAACUGAGAUCUGCAUUGCAUCGUCGUGUGACUGACUCUAAAUAUCUGUCUAGCGUUGAGCCGAUACAAACUGCAUUUCGAGCACACGAACGAUGUGAAGCAGGUCUAAGAAUCCUUCCAAAAAUAAGGAUGAAGUGUCUACUGAUAACAAAUAUCCUGAAAUAUCAUGUCUAUAUAUUAUUACGUAUAAUAUUACGCGCGAUAUUAAUUACCGAUAAACCUAUGACCUGACUUCUUAAUUACGAUUUACGCAAAAUAUAAUUUAUUUAUCCAAUCUGCGUCGCGUUGAACGGACUGCUAAUUCACGUAAGCAUUGAGUCUUUAUCUACUUAAUAGUUUUAAUUAAUUUUGUUAUUUAAUAUACUACGUACCUGUCAUUUUACUAUGCAAAUUGCUGUCAAUAGACACUGUCCGAGUUGUUACGGGUAUACAGUUAUCGUGAUUUGAAAGGGUUACAGAUUAUACACGCAUUCGUAGAUGCGCCUUACGCAUUGCAACGUUAUCCUUUUUAUCAUAGAUUGCACAAGAUAUUUUGUACCCUGUACUAGACACAUACUAUGUUUCUAAAAUCUCGCUGUAAAGAAUUGAUGAAUUAGCAUAUACUAUGCUCUACGCCGACUAAAUAUACCGAAAUAUAUAUUAUUAUCAAGCGAUUUAGACGUACGCAUGACGAAUCUCUGCACUCGAUAUCGUGACCAAAAGUUCUUGUGAUGCUCAAUCGAGGCAUUUAAUAGUUAAUUAGGGUGUUUGAUUUUAUUCGACAAUCAAUAUAUUACAUAUUGCAUAUUUCGAUACUUCUGUCCGUGACCACGAUCUUUUUGUUGACAAUUUUCGAAAGUUCUCAACACUAGAUAUAUCUGUAGAAACUUUAACGUUUAAGCAGUUACAAUUUUCAUCUUCUUAGCACUUUCUCGUAAAUGUUAGACACAAUUUGAUUCUUUCUAAUAGUAAAUCCAGAAUAUUAUCAAAUUCCACUUGCCAAUUGGCGUAUGAAACAUAUUUCUACGUGAUCGCGCAGCAUCGCUAAAACAAUCGUGCAGUCUGUAUCGAAAUUGUUUUUCAAAAUCGUCGGUCUUUUCUUCAUGAAAUUACACGCGAUCAGAUGUACGAAUAUCUAUGAAACUUUAAUAUGAUCGAAACAGAUUGCACGAUGCGAGGAUCAUCGCACCAGAGACUCCUAAACUAACGGACAAGAUACGUAAGAUAAGAAGCAAUUUUACGCACUUAGACAUAAAAUUAUAAGACGCGUUUUUCCUUAGAAAAAAAAGUUACACUAGCUUGCUACUCGCUAUCUGCAAUGGAUUUCCAAAGGAUCUGCUUCCACUCAAUUUCCAGUCGAUUUCGGAACUGACCGUGAAAAAGACAAAUCUCUUUAUGCACAUUUGUAUUAAUUAAAUAUUGUAAUGGCUCGUCAGUGUAAUAAAUCCUUUUUAUCUUUCCAUUAAUGUCAUUCCUCUCGCAAAACUCGAUUCAAACAUUAAAUCUUUCGUGAUUUAAUUCCCGCACAAGUACUAUCUUUCUCUCCCUCGCGUAUCAGACUUUCAUUAAGCCGGCGCAGACUCCUUAAAAAUUUAAAUGAUCACUUUAGCCUCCCUGCUACUACCCUCCGCUAAUUAAAAUGCCGUUUUCGAUAAUCGCCUUUACAUUCCCCAUUGUGGGAUCGAUACGUAAUAGCCAGACGGUCUUAUAAGUGAAUACAUUCCUUAGUUGUGUCUCAUGCGAACGAUUCACACAUCCGUUUUACAUAUUUAUUGAGUUUUGUUGCGGUGACUUGCGAAGCCGCAACAAAGAAUUGUAUUGUACGCAAACUGAUUAGUAAAUUAUUUUUUCGUAGAAGUUUCUUAAGAGAGUUUUCGUCGAAUAACGUUACUCUGGCUUUCCCUUCCUUUACGGUACACGUAAUGAUAUUUACAUCUGAGUGUUCGAGCGUAAAGGUGAAAAAAUCAAAUUUUUGAUUAAAAGAUAUCACUAAGGCGUGUGAUCUUGUACAAAGAAGAAUUUAAGACGUAGGAAAACGUAAUUGUAUCUAGGCCGCCAAUAAUCUAGGUGAGCGUAAAAAGCUUGCCCGUUGUGCCCGUUGGGAUUCUUACUGUAAAUUUACACUAUAAUAUAUUUUACUCUCGUGUACAUCCUGUUAUCCAUAAAUAUGCCGUUUUGUUAAAUAAAUCAUGCAUUCUGAUCCUGUCAGAAGCGAAGAAAACCA